AUGCGGUUAGAUUCGCAACCCUGUCUGACAAUUCACGCAAGGCAUAGGUCUCAUUCAAGCCUUGAGGCUGAGAUAGGCUACUCGAAAGCGCCCAAGAGGAGUUCGCCUGAGAUACCUGGGAAGCAUCUGUGUCAUAGAUGCAACGUGAAACGUGCCAUUCGCGCUCUGGAGUCGCCCGCGUACGCUAAAGCAGCCGCAAAGAAGAACUCUUUACUCCCUCCCGUAACGGACCGUGCAUCAGCAGAGAAUGUUUUCAAGCUCCUCCCCCUAUCGCUUCUUGCCUUGCGCGUGUCGAAAGUCGAUCCCCAUGCGGGUCACAACCACGCGAAGCCCAAGAACCGAGUCAAGGGGCUGUGGACCGUCAAGAUUGAGCAACACCAGGAAACAGACCCUAUGAUGCACUACGUAUGGCUAUAUGAGGGUCCGCAAUGGAAACAGAAGGCUAUGGCCGCCGCAGUGGUGGCUGGUAUUUUCGCCGUUGUUCUCUUCCCAUUGUGGCCCAUGGUGAUGAGACAGGGUGUUUGGUACCUGAGUGUUGGUAUGAUGGGUCUACUGGGGUUAUUCUUUGCCAUGUCGAUCUUCCGUCUUAUUCUGUUUUGCGUCACGGUCUUUGCUGUCCCUCCUGGUCUCUGGUUGUUCCCGAACUUGUUCGAGGAUGUUGGCUUCAUUGACAGCUUCAAGCCCUUGUGGGGUUGGCAAGAGAGUAAGAAAAAGAAGAAGUCUAAGAAGUCUUCCGGCGACGCAUCCAAGUCCGCCAAGUCUCCCGUCUCUCAACCAGCCGACUCUGCCCCUUCAGCGACCACAACGGCAACCGCGGCCCCAGAUACUUCAAGUGCCGUGAAGCGCGAUCUGGCCCCUCGAGUUGAGGAGGUGACAGACGAGUAA